AUGUUGUUCGUACUUCUUUUUAUAUUUACGGAAAAUCCUGGUGGUUUUUCGUCGUCACUUGUUGACAUCUUAUAUGUUUUCUUGUUUUCAGCUGUAAACGUGGGCACGUGGGCCUCGAGUGUUAUUCCUGACGCCCCCAAUGGUGACUUAUUUAAUAACGAGCAUAUUCGCUCUUUGGAGAGUUUUGUUAAUGAAGUUUCAUCAGAUUGGUGUUGUCAUUUGGUGGAGGGCAAUAUGUUAGCAAUAUUUCUUCCUUUUGAUCAGCGCACAUGGGAUUUAUCGAAGGGUGCAUUUGUCUCGUUGUUAGAAUUUUGUGAAGACAGUUUGCCAGUUAAACGUAUCCUACUUUGUCUAAACAAAAUCAGCGUCGAUGAAACGGUCAUUUCUUGCUUCAAGUAUUUGGGCUUCAGUCCUCUUCAUCCUCAUUCAUAUCCCUCCUGUAUUGACCCUCAAGGAGUGUUUGCAAUGGUUUACAAUAUGUGA